AUGGCCUCACUCCGCCUCAUCGCUGUAAUUGCACUGAUCUCAACCUUCAUCGUCUCUUUCGCUUCAGCCCAACUAUGCAGCUACAAAACACUGCAGCCGAGGCGGUCUCACCCUGGUACCGCUCCCGGUUGGGAAUUUUCCGUUGUUCACAAUAAGUUCGUACAACCUCGAACCAUCUUGUUCGAUACCGCGGGUGCUCUCCUUGUUAUGGAUUCUGUCGGCGGUAUAAUUCACGUGCAGCUCGAUGACAGUGAUCCCGCAGGAGGAAGAUGUGUCCGAAUGAAAAAGAAGAAGACUUUGCUCAAGAAGGACGAUCUAAAUCACGGGCUCGCGCUUUCAAAGGAUGGCCGUAGAAUAUAUGCCUCCUCACCAAGGAGCGUCUUUUCAUACUCUUACAAUCCCGGAAGUGGCACGCUUGAUAAAAACUCAGAGAAGGUGGUAGUCGACAACAUGGCCAACGACGGUCAUACAUGGCGAUCCCUUCUCAUUUCACAGAAAAACCCUGAUAUGCUCAUCGUUUCCCGAGGAAGCAGCCUAGCAAAAGACCCGCAAUCCGAGGUGCUUUCGUCUGGCCACGCUCAGAUCCGUGCCUUCAACAUGUCAGCUUUGAAUUAUAGCUUGCCCGAUAUGAAGCCCUACGACUUCGCUAGUGAGGGCAUCCUCCUCGGCUGGGGUCUGCGCAACGCUCUGGGCCUAGCAGAACACCCAGUUACUGGUGGAAUAUUCAGCACUGAGAACUCGUAUGAAGUCCUCAUUCGGGGUGGCAAAGAUGUCAGCGUCGACAACCCGGGCGAGGAGAUGAACUUCCAUGGAUACCUCAAUGGUUCUACGGAGAGCAGAGGCGGCAACUAUGGCUACCCUUUUUGCUAUAGCAUGUGGUCCGUACGCAACUUUCCUGGCAACAAGCGAGUGAAGAUUGGCGAACAGUUUGGUGCUGAUCGGCCGUCUGAGCUUUCUCGUCGAACCGAUGAGGAAUGCCAAAGGGAUUACGUUGCUCCCGUCCUAGUGUACCAAGCCCAGUCUGCGGCUAUAGGCCUUGGGUUCAACCAGGACGGCACACGAGCAGCUAUUGCUUUCCAUGGAAGCUGUAAGUUAUCAUCCCACUUUACCUUGAGCCCCUCCCCUGAGCCAUUUGACUGA